AUGAUGAGUGCAGUUCUCCGAGAAAUUGUAAUAAAAGGAGCCCUUGAAAAGAAAGAAGAACGGGAAUACAGAGAAGUUUGUCCAAAACAUGAGCACUUUGAAUUACUUGAUUGGGAGUUAAAUUUACCUCUGGAAAGAAGAAUUAGAUAUGAAGAGAUGGCAAGUAGUGGAUUGAAUGGUUUAUACAGACCAAGAAGUGCUUUGGCUCGCGCUAUGUAUGAAAAACAUAGAAAUGAUAGAUAUCUGCAAGAAUUUGAUCAAAAUGAGGUAAGCCUAUUAAACCUUGUUGCAUUUCAUGAAAGAUAA